CCAACAUAUGCAUGGAGGAAAGAAGGCCUCAAGAUACAUCAAGUAAACUUGCCAGUCCAGCUAAGAUGGUAAGCGCUUUUGAAAAGCCAUGUAUGUUUUGCUCAAAAAGUCACACUCUUGAGUCAUGCACUGAAAUCAAAGAGCAGCCACAUAGUAUACGUGUGGACUUUUUGAAGUCAAAAGGCUUAUGUUUUGGAUGCUUAACUCGAGGUCAUUUGAGUAAGAUGUGCAGAAAGAGAAUUGAAUGUAAAGAAUGCUCUCAAAGGCAUCCAGACAUUUUACAUAUGAAGGAGGAUCGCAAAGUGACAAAGCAGGUUGAGACACCAGACAAAGAGAUCUCAUGUGCCCAGAUCUCCCUAAGUCACCAAUCAUGCAACUACACAGAGUCUGGAGGAGAUAACUGUGUGCUGUCAAUAGUGCCAGUUAAAGUCAAGUCAAAUAAAAGUGACAGAUAUGUGGAAACAUAUGCUUUCCUCGAUGCUGGAAGUACAGCAACAUUUUGCACAGAGGAGCUGCGAAAUAAACUGAAACUGAAAGGAAAGCCAACUCAGAUUCUAUUGAGCACUAUGUGUCAAGACAAGCCAGGUGAACAGAAGUUAGUGAGCAGUUUUAUCCUCACCGACCUGGAAGUAUGUGGGCUAGACGACACCAAGUAUAUUGAACUACCUAAAGUCUUUACACACAGCAAUAUUCCUGUUCAAAAUGAGAACAUUCCUAAACAGGAAGACAUUCAAAAAUGGCCUUACUUAAGUGAAGUGAACAUACCCUGUAUUGAUGCAAAUGUGGGGCUUCUGAUUGGUGCAAACAAUCCAAAGGCAAUGGAACCAUGGCACAUUAUAAACAGCCAACAAGAUGGACCAUACGCUGUUAAAACUGCACUAGGUUGGGUAGUAAAUGGCACCAUUAAGAAAACAAACAAUGCAGAAAGGUCCAAACUGCCACAUCAUACAGUUAAUCGUCUCUCAGUAGUGGAAAUCGAAAAAUUGUUGAUUCAGCAAUAUAACUCAGACUUUCCAGAACGCCUGUAUGAGGAGAAAGAGGAGAAGUCACUGGAGGACAAAAGAUUCAUGCAGUUAAUGCAGGAAAAGACUAAAUUUGAGAAUGGACAUUACUGUGUGAAGCUACCCUUGAGAGAUGAAACAGUUGACAUGCCAAACAAUCGAUGUGUUGCUGAAAUACGUGCAGCUAACCUAAAAAGAAAGCUUCAAAAGAACUCAGAAUUGCUUGAUGACUACACUACGUUCAUGAAGAGCAUAGUAGAAAAAGGAUAUGCUGUCAGAGUUCCCACUGAACAUCUUAAUCGCAACGACAACAAGGUGUGGUACAUUCCACACCAUGGGGUGUAUCACCCGAAGAAAAACAAAAUUCGUGUGGUUUUUGAUUGUACUGCUUCCUUUCAAGGUAUGUCUCUGAACAGCCAAUUGCUUCAAGGUCCAAACCUCACAAACACACUUAUUGGUGUACUCACCAGAUUUAGAGAAGAACCGAUCGCUGUGAUGGCAGAUGUGUAGUCAAUGUUCUAUCAGGUGAAAGUUCCUGAGGAAGACACAGAUCUACUUCGCUUUCUUUGGUGGCCAGAUGGCAAUUUGAAUGCACCUAUAGAGGAAUACAGAAUGACAGUGCACUUAUUUGGUGCCACCUCAUCUCCUAGCUGUGCCUCUUAUGCACUGAGAAAGACAGCAGAGGACAGAAAACAUGUAGCAUCGCAAAAGGCUGUGGACACAGUUCUGAACAAUUUCUACGUGGAUGACUGUUUAAAAUCAGUGUCCAAUGAGCAAGAAGCAAUCAACCUUGUCAAGGAAAUUCAAGAUUUGUGUCUGGAAGGAGGUUUUCGAUUGACGAAGUGGGUGAGCAAUAAUAGGAAAGUAUUGUUGUCUAUCCCAGAAGAUCAAAGGGCCAGUGGAGUAAAAGACCUUGACUUGGAUCAGGACUCUUUGCCUAUAGAGAGAGCACUGGGUAUGCAGUGGUGCACAGAUGAUGACACCUUCACAUACCAUAUCAAAGUCCAAGAGAAGCCGUCGAGUAGAAGAGGUAUCCUCUCAGUGGUUAAUUCAAUCUAUGAUCCUCUUGGCUUUCUGGCUCCACUCAUACUACCAGUUAAGUUACUUUUAAGAGAUCUGUGCAAACAAGGAUAUGGCUGGGAUGAUGAGAUUGACGACAAGCGUGCUGAUCAGUGGGUUAAAUGGCUAGAAGAUUUAAGUCAGAUCUCAAAUGUCAAGUUCAAAAGGUGUCUAAAGCCAGAGAAGUUUGGCAUCACAGAAGAAGCUCAACUGCAUCAUUUCUCUGAUGCCAGUGAGAGUGCUUAUGGCACAGCAACUUAUCUGGUUCUUACAAAUGAACAAAAUCAGAAAUAUUGCUCAUUGUUGAUGGGGAAGUCAAGAGUAAGCCCACUUAAACAAAUCACAAUUCCUAGAUUGGAACUGACCGCCGCAACCAUAGCAGUCAAAAUGGACAAGAUACUAAAACAAGAACUACAAAUGCCACUGCAGCCAUCUAUUUUUUGGACAGACAGCACAACGGUGCUGAGUUACAUUGAAAAUGAGAGCGCCCGCUUCAAAACCUUUGUAGCCAACAGGAUUUCACUAAUACGGGAUGCCACCACUCCGUUACAGUGGAAGUUUGUCAGGUCAGCUCAGAAUCCAGCAGAUCAAGCUACUAGAGGUAUUAAGGCAAAGGACUUUCUACAAGCAGAAACAUGGACAAAGGGCCCAAACUUUUUGUUGAAAUCAGAAGAAGAAUGGCCACAAAGACCAGAUCAGAUUAAUCAAUAUCAACAAAAAGACCCUGAAAUUAAAAUUGAAACCAAAGUCAACAUUCUUAAUGUCAAUGAAAACGACAUCCUGUGCAGGUUAACUGACUACUACUCGAGCUGGUUUCGUCUGAAAAGGGCAGUGGCAUGGAUGCUAAGACUAAAAGAGACACUCCUACAGUUAUGUAGGGCAAGGAAACAGUUUCAGGCGUCUAUUGAAACAUCUGAGAAAGACCCAGAAAAACAAGCAUCCCUUCUACAAACUGAAAUGCAAAAAUUCAAAUCAAAAAUAAAGAAAAGGUCACUGAGUCUGGAAGAUUUAAAACAAGCAGAAAUUCUUCUUAUUCAGCACAGUCAGAAACAACAAUUCCUGGAAGAAAUUGAGGCUAUCAAACAAAAUGUGACUAUUAAGAGAAGAAGUCAGCUGUACAGGCUUGACCCUGUGCUCCAGGAUGGGAUCCUAAGAGUGGGUGGUAGACUUAACAAAGCAGCCAUGCCAAAUGAAUCCAAGCAUCCUGCAAUUCUGUCAAAAUACUCCAGAAUUUCAACACUCAUUUUAAGUGACAUUCAUCAAAGAUACGGACAUUGUGGUCGAAACUACACAUUGUCCAUUCUCAGACAAAAAUUCUGGAUUCCCCAAGCUAAUUCAGCCAUUCGAAAAUUAAUACAUAAAUGCUCAGUUUGUCGCCGGCUUAAUGGAAGAGUUGGAGAACAGAAAAUGGCAAGUUUGCCAGAGGACCGUCUGCUACCUGAUAAACCGCCCUUUACAAACGUGGGUGUUGAUUACUUCGGACCCUUUGAAGUGAAACGGGGCCGGAGUACUGUAAAAAGGUACGGAGUGUUGUUCACUUGCUUAACGAUUAGAGCAGUUCACAUUGAGGUGGCUGAUAGUUUGGACACUGACUCUUGCAUUAACGCUUUAAGGCGUUUUAUAAGUAGAAGAGGACAAGUCGCUGUCAUGCGCUCAGAUAACGGCACAAAUUUUGUUGGUGCAGAAAGAGAGUUGCGAGAAGCACUGAAAAAUCUGAACCAAAUCACAAUAGAACAAGCCAUGUUGCAGAAAAACAUUAAAUGGAUCUUCAACAGCCCAGCUGCCUCCCAUCAGGGAGGAGUUUGGGAGCGUCAGAUCCGUACAGUUAGAAGGAUACUUAAUGCUCUCCUAAAGGAACAAUCUAUCAGCGAUGACAGUCUUCAUACCAUCAUGUGUGAGGUGGAAAGCAUUAUAAACAACAGGCCAAUAACUACCACAUCCGAGGAUCCGAAUGACCUUGAGCCUCUGACACCUAACCAUUUACUACUGUUAAAAACUCAACCCAGCAUGCCACCAGGCAUCUUCAAAAAAGAAGACCAGUAUAUGAAAAGACGUUGGAGACAAGUCCAAUAUCUUGCUGAUUUGUUUUGGAGCAGAUGGACUCAUGAGUAUCUGCCCAUUCUUCAAGAACGCAGUAAAUGGACAAAACUUAAAAGGAACUUUGAGCCAGGCGAUGUAGUGCUAAUUGUGGACAGUUCUGCUCCCCGCAAUUCAUGGAUAAUGGGAAAAGUAGUUCAAACCUUGCCUGACUCCAGUGGAGCUGUACGCCGUGUGAAGCUACAAACCAAAACAAGCAUUCUAGAGAGACCUGUAAACAAAUUGUGCUUAAUUCAAGAAGCAAUUUAAGAAGAAUAGGUGAAACAAAGACAAUGUGAAAGGACUACAUUUACAGAAUGACUGAAUUUCUAUGCUUCUUGAUGAUGUUUAAAUUUGAAUGGCUCUUAGAAGUUAAAUAUGUAUAUGAUAAUUGUUUGAUCUCCUGUCCAUACAAUUAGGGGCCGGAUAUAUAAGAGCCAUAAGUUCAUUGUUUUAUUUAUGUUAAAUUGAUAAUAAUGUAAAAAGCAACUUGAAAAUAUUUUACUAAAAGUAAUUUAAUUUUUAAUAUAGAGUAUAUGCUGAUGUCACUUCCGGUAAGGAAGAAGUAGUGUCAUGAAGAUGGAAGCAAGACAGUUUUUUGACCGUGUAUUAUAGUUCAGUUAAGUUGUUAUUAAACAUGUUCGAAAUGA